ACCGGCCCAGGAGGGAGGCGGCCGGAGCAAGAUGGCGGCGCGAGUGCUGCUGCGGUGGAGCCCGGCGGGAGCGGGCGCCGUGCCGCGUCUCCCGCCCGGCGGCAGCCUGGCCGUCAGGUGAGCCUUGGGGGGUCGAGGCGGGCGGGAGAGGGCGGCCGAGGGAGGCGGGAGAGGGAGCAGCCGCCGCCCGCGCGGACCCCUUCCCCCCACACACGCAGUCUCCCCUCUCCCGCCUGGAAAUGGCGCCCCGCUCGCGCCGCGGCUGAAGGGCCGGAGCCGGGCCCGCCGCUUUCUGUGGGGCGGGGAGUGCGGCCGCUGGGGCGUCCCUCAAGGUCACGGGCACCGAGGCCAGCCCCCUCCCCCGAGUCCGCCCAGGGGUGGGGAUGGCGGGCGCCCACCCCCCACGCGUCGGGAUCGCGGCCAGCGCGGCGUCGGGCCUUCGCGGCGGCGGCGCGUCCCCGGCCCGGCUGCUGUCCCGCACCGCGUCUGCCCGCCCUCACCGCUCCCAGCGCCCGGGCUGUGGCGCCGCCCCGCCUUCCUGCUGCAGGCGCAGCGCACGGCCACAUCGGGGGAUGGUAUCUUCAGCUAGCAGACCUCGUGAAGACAGUUGGUUAAAAUCGCUAUUUGUUCGCAAAGUCGAUCCAAGGAAAGAUGCUCACUCCAACCUUCUAGCCAAAAGAGAGACCAGCAGUCUGUAUAAACUACAGAUUCACAAUGUAAAACCAGAAUGCCUAGAGGCCUACAACAAGCUUUGUCAAGAGGUGCUGCCAAAGAUUCAUGAAGAAAAACACUACCCAUGUGCACUGGUGGGGACUUGGAACACGUGGUACGGAGAGCAAGAUCAGGCUGUUCAUCUGUGGAGGUAUGAGGGAGGCUAUCCAGCUCUCAAUGAGGUCAUGAGUAAACUCCGUCAAAAUAAGGAGUUCACAGAGUUUCGCAAAGAAAGAGGUAACAUGCUUCUGUCUCGCAAGAACCAAUUACUGUUGGAAUUCAGCUUCUGGAAUGAACCUGUUCCCAGAGAGGGGCCGAAUAUUUAUGAACUGAGAUCCUAUCAACUUAGACCUGGAACUAUGAUUGAGUGGGGAAAUUACUGGGCCCGUGCAAUUCGUUUCCGACAAGACAGUAAUGAAGCAGUUGGAGGAUUUUUCUCACAAAUUGGACAGCUGUAUAUGGUUCAUCACCUUUGGGCUUACAAAGAUCUCCAGACCAGAGAAGAUAUAAGGAAUGCUGCGUGGCAUAAACCUGGCUGGGAUGAGCUAGUCUAUUACACAGUGCCCCUUAUUCAGGAAAUGGAGUCCAGAAUCAUGAUACCAUUGAAGAUUUCUCCACUUCAGUAAAGUCAUUGAUUUACUUGUGCCUACAUAGAUAAAGUGACAAGUAUUUGUCUUAAUUAAUUUAUGGUAUACAUUGUAUAUCAUAGUCAAAAAUAUAAAAGUACUGUAUUGAGCUUAUAAAGGAGACCUCUUUUCUUCAGAAUCUAAUGACCUUUUGCUCUUGGGAUUGUACCAGAAAAAAAAAAAUACAGGACUGUAGCUAAAAGGUUGGGUAAUUGUAAAGAAACUCCUCAGGUUAAGUGUGGCAUUCGGUAUUUAAUAUCUCCUUCUAGAUAGAAGAUGCCUGGUGUUCACAACAGCAAUAGGAUGGAGUGUUAUAGUUGCUGUGGCCUUCGUGUAGCAUUUAUAAUGACUGCAGAUUGCAAAAACAAAUGGGGAAGUUCUGAAAUCGGGAGCUUUGAAACCCUCAGGCAGCUCACCUAGCUUUCUAGCAGGGCUGAAAUCAGUAAGUAGCUCUAAAUUUAUGAAUAGACGGUUAUUAAUUGAGGAUCAUAUUACCUGUCAGGUGAUAGCUUAUGGACAGAGAAUAGGGCAUUCUGUUUCGCAAGGAUGGUGAAACUUGUUGAAACUUAACUACACGUUUUUCUAGAUAUCAACAUCUGGAAUUAAUUUUGUGAAAUUAUUUAGAGCCCUUUUUAAAAAGUAUGACCCACUGUUUUCAAAGAGAUACUGGCAUGACAUGAGCGUCUGGACAUUCUGCAGAGAAUCAAUUUCAGCAAAAUACAUUUAUCUCUAGAUAUAACUCAGAAAUCUAGGAAAAGGGGUUUUAUUUAAUAAGCAGUCAUGACUUCAGACAUAUGCUUGGUCAGGUGUUUCACUAACUGUACAGUAGGUACUUAAGAAUUAAUGUGUGAAACUGGUGCAUGUUGAGCCAAUAGGAUUGGCACAGAGCAGUGUACCAUUAUGUCCAGUUCUUUUUUGGUUUCACUUUUAGACUAGGAAAUAUCAACACUUUUAGUGUCUGCGAUGAUGUGAACAUCCUGUAAGUGAAAAUAAUGUUCUCUCUUCAAAGUGGCUGCAAGAAUCAGUGUAACAUAGAGAAUGUACAAAUCAGUUACUGAAUGUCCAAUUUGUACAUUUCAGUGAGUUUCAGGAAAAACAUCAGUCAAUAAAAUCCUUUUAAUUUUCACAUA